AUGGAGGGUCUAAAUUUAAUCAAGAUCAAAACUUUGUGCUCUUUCUUGGCUGCCCUUUUUGGCUUGCUGGCUUUAACAUCCUCUUUUGCUAUUGCAGAGACUCACUACCAUGAGUUCAUUGUGCAAGGCAAGGCAGUGAAGAGGCUGUGCAGAGUUCACAAUAUAAUAACAGUGAAUGGGCAGUUCCCUGGCCCUACUUUAGAAGUCAGAGAUGGCGAUUCCCUUGUCAUCAAAGUAGUUAACGCUGCUCGCUACAAUGUCUCUCUCCAUUGGCAUGGAGUCCGGCAGCUGAGGAAUCCAUGGGCGGAUGGGCCCGAGUUUGUGACCCAAUGCUCCAUAAAACCAGGAGGAACCUACACUUACAGAUUCACCAUUGAAAACCAAGAGGGGACUCUGUGGUGGCACGCUCAUAGCAGAUGGCUGCGGGCCACCGUGUAUGGCGCGCUCAUAAUCUACCCAAAACUCUCCAAUCCUUACCCCUUCUCCAUGCCCAAGCGAGAAGCUCCUCUUCUUCUCGGGGAGUGGUUUGACAGAGACCCCAUUGAUGUGCUGCGCCAAGCGCUUUUCACCGGAGCAGCUCCUAACGUCUCCGAUGCCUACACCAUCAAUGGCCAGCCCGGAGAUUUCUAUAGAUGUUCUGCCAAAGAGACGACAAGAUUCACGGUGGAUCCCGGCGAGACGAUCCUUCUGAGAAUCAUCAACUCUGCACUCUAUGGAUCGACGGUCCAGAUUGUGCUGCAGGACACCAGUAUUGUGACCACCGAAGAUCACCCCAUGCAUCUCCAUGGCUACCAUUUCUACGUGGUGGGCUCUGGUUUCGGCAACUUCAACCCCACCGCUGACCCGCCCCGGUUCAACCUCCUCGACCCACCGCAGAGGAACACCAUUGGAACCCCUCCCGGUGGCUGGGUCGCCAUCCGCUUCGUCGCUGAUAAUCCCGGGGCUUGGAUGCUGCAUUGCCACAUAGACUCGCACCUUGCUUGGGGACUGGCGACGGUUUUUCUGGUUGAGAAUGGUGAAGGGGAGAUGCAGUCUGUUCUUCCUCCUCCGCCGGAUCUCCCACCUUGUUAAUAAAUUAAUGUAUCUUACAGAUGGGUUUUCUUCAUCAAUUUCUUUCGGUUUCUUGUGCAUUGUUAUGGAAUUGAGAAAAACUAAGAGCUUAUUUAGAUUUUGUAACACCAAUAUCCUAUGUCCGCCCCUCCAAUUUAUAUGUCAAAUAUUUUAUUAGAAAUGAAAGAUAUGAGACUUUAUUA